AUGGCUGAACAGGAACAAGUUAAGAUUUAUAAACGUGAAAGAACCCUUGUUGAAAAAAGUUUGGGUACCUAUGAAAAUGGUAAAACCAAAAUGGUCCUAAUGAAACAAUGGACUAAGAAAUGUGGUUUGACUGUUGGCCAUUUAUCACAGGGUGGCGAUAAAUAUAUUUAUGACUCGGGUAUUGAAAUGGCGUACGAUGAAAUGGAAACGCUCGCCGAUGUCCUGCCUACUAUGGUGAAAUCUGAUCAGGCGAAAAAUUACGCCGAAUUAGGUACAAGUAAAGAUUCGUACGGUAACGAAUAUCGUACGAUAUUAACGCGUAGUGAAUAUGGCGGUUUAAAAGUCUGCAAGUUGAAAAAAACACAAAAACCUGUCGACUUUGGCGUCACAACCACAACCGAUUGUCCUGAUCCUGCACCGACCGCGUCCCCAGUACCCGCACCCCGUGUGGAAGAUAGUUGGGUCGAGUGUUUCGACAAAUUUUAUAUCAACAAGAAUGACGACUGGAAGAAACUUGCCACAGUUAUUCGUGAGUUUUGUUAUGAGGUCUAUAGUAUUUUGAAUCCUUCCUCCAAUGGUAUUGACGUGAUACCCCCAUCCCCGCCUGCACCACCACCUUCAACACCCGUGGAACAAAAACAGCUGGAAGGACCCAAGAAACGAAAGAACAAAGAGGGUACUAAAGGAGGCGUAAAGAAAUCAAAAAAGGUUGUGGUUGAAGAAGAUUCUGAAAAGUCGGAGGUGAGAAAAUUUUUAGCGUUACAAAGUAUGGCUACAAAACUGAUAAUGGUUUUCAUGUGUAAAUAUAAAAAAGAUUGCGAAGAAACGAUUUCCCGAUUUGGAAGAGAGAUGUAUAAAAUGUGUCCGUAUCCUUAUGCGAAUUUUCUGAGUGUGUCCACGUAUUUAGAAGAAACUUGUGCGAAUAUUAAUCGUACGUUUCUUUCUUUUAGCAAAAACAAAUAAUUGCAGCCAUCAUUUCCCAUAUGAGCGAAAAGAACAGCGCUGUAGAAACAGUUUUAAAAUAUCACGAAAAAAUAAAAUUAACUUAUGAUUAUAAUAAUUACAUAAAUUUUGUAAAAAAAAAUGAAGAAUUAGUUAAUUAUUAUUAUCAUUGUGUAAAUAGAUUAAAAAUAUAAAAUUUUUUUUUAUAGUGAUGGAUGACACAGAACUUAUUAAAAAAGCUGCAAGAUUAUUAAAAGGAGAGACAUUAACAAAGGAACAAAAGAACUUGUAUACAUUGCACGCCAAAAAAAAACAUAGAAUAAAACGUUUAAAAAUUCAUGUAUAUAAAAAAAAUGAACAAUGGAGUAUUGAUUUAGCAGAUUUAAACAACUUGUCAAAGUAUAAUAAUCAAUAUCGUUAUUUGCUUGUGUGUAUCGAUGUGGGGACACGUUAUGCUUUUGUGAAAUUGCUAAAAACAAAAACAGCCAAAAAUGUUGCGGCUAAAUUUGAAGAAAUUAUUCUUGAAAACGGCGCACCUAAAAAAAUACAAGCCGAUGAGGGUACAGAAUUUAAUAAUAUCAAAAAAAUCCUUGCUCCCAAAUAUAAUUUUACACUAUUUCACACGCAAAAUCGUGACAUAAAAGCCGCACAUGCAGAAAGAUUUAUUGAAACUAUCAAGAACAUGAUUCAGAGUACGCUGACUAUGUUUUCAAGCUAUCGAUUUAUUAAAUAUCUUCCGCUUAUUAUUGAAAGAUAUAACGAGGCACCACAUCGGGGUAUUCACAAUGAAACACCCGUUGACUUGUACAAAAAUGAAAAAAUGCCCGCAUUUUUAAAGUUUAAAAUCCUAAAAAAUUACUUAUCGGGUUCACAGCCACCCGCAAACUGUUGCGUGCAGGUCAAACAGUACGUAUUGCACGACUCAAAAAUAAUAUUUUUGAAAAAUCAAGCUUAA